GGUCACAAGGGGCUGGUUGUAAUUUCAAUAGUCUUUUUAUACUCUAAUGCCACCAUGUUCAUUCACAAGUCUCCACCAAAGAUUCCUGAAGUUCAUAUCCCUGAAGAACCUCUUCUUCAGCUUGCCUCUGGGCUUGGAAUUGAAAUCAACCGUGGGUUCUCUUCUCUUCGCGAUAUUGCAUCUGGAAGAGAUCUCAAGAAGUUCCUUUCUGCUAUCUUCGGAUUGUGGGUUCUAUCAAUCUUGGGCGGAUGCUGUAGUUUCUUGACAUUGGCAUACAUAGCUUUGGUUAUACUCUUCACUGUUCCUCUUCUCUACGACAAGUAUGAAGACAAAGUGGACUCGUAUGGUGAGAAAGCAAUGGCUGAGUUAAAGAAGCAAUAUGAUGUGCUGGACGCAAAGGUAUUGAGCAAAAUCCCAAGGGGACCGUUGGAGAACAAGAAAAAGGAUUAG